AUGGAAAAUAGUGGACAACAGUGAGAGGCAGAAAGAGGGGACGGGCACUAAAUAAAAAGGGUUUUGUCAUUCUCUUCGUUGCGCCUCUUUCCUCUCUAUUCACAGAGGAGAGAAAGUAACACAAAAACACUCUUUCUCUCUCCCCAUCUCUCUCCCAAUCUCUCUGAAUCUCUCCCUACAUAUUUAUCUCUAGAUAUCUAGGUAUCCAGAUUUGGCGCAUCUAAAUCGCCGACUCUGAGCUACUUUAUUAUCUUUCCUUCGUUUUCGAUCGAUUAAAAAAGUAAUCACUUAAUAGGUAUGCAGCAAGCUGAUCCGACGGUGUUGAGUUUGAGACCAGGUGGCGGUAAUCGAGGUGGCAAAACUAUCGGCUCUCGCUUCGAUUCUUCGUCUUCCGUUUUUGCAUCUGCUGAUCUCCCUGUUUUUCGCCCCCAUGGCGGCUCUUUUCCCAUCAAGACUGGUGAUUCACGAUUUGAAGGCCGGGAGAGAAUUCGCUUCACAAGGGACCAGCUAUUACAACUGAGGGAGGCUGUAAACAUUACUGACGAGAUUCUGAAGGUUAAACAAGUAGUUGAAGCAGAAUUUUUUAUUGAAGCUCAGAACUGGGGUCAUGGAGAAAGUAAUCCACCAGUUCCACAAAGUCAGCCUCAGAGUCGUUAUUCUGAGCCAGACAGUCGCGAUUGGCGUGGUCGAUCUGCGCAAGUCCCCUCAUCUGUGGAGGAGAGGUCCUGGAUCGGCGACAGAGAAUCUGGCGGCCGACUUGACUCGAGACAGCAGGACAGUAAUCAAUACAACCGUCAAGACCAGCUGAACUCACAGUUUGGUAGGGGACAGUACUCUUCUAAUCAAGGGGGAGCUCCUCCUACUCUUGUAAAAGCUGAGGUUCCAUGGUCGGUUCAAAGGGGCAAUUUGUCUGAGAAGGACCGAGUCCUGAAAACUGUAAAAGGGAUUUUGAACAAGCUGACCCCGGAGAAGUUUGAUAUUCUAAAGGGUCAACUGAUUGAUUCUGGAAUCACAAGUGCUGAUAUUCUGAAGGGAGUCAUAUCUUUGAUUUUUGACAAGGCAGUGUUGGAACCAACCUUUUGCCCAAUGUAUGCAGAGUUGUGCUCUGAUCUCAAUGAAAAACUACCCCCAUUUCCAUCUGAUGAACCUGGUGGCAGAGAGAUAACGUUCAAGCGAGUUCUGUUGAAUAAUUGCCAAGAGGCCUUCGAAGGCGCUGACAAACUUAGGGCAGAACUAAGGGAAAUGACUGCUCCAGAGCAGGAGUUGGAACGUAGAGAUAAAGAGAGAAUGAUCAAGCUGCGGACUCUUGGAAACAUCCGUUUGAUUGGAGAACUUUUGAAGCAAAAGAUGGUCCCUGAAAAAAUUGUUCACCACAUUGUUCAGGAGCUUUUAGGUGCUGACAAUAAGAUUUGUCCGGAGGAGGAAAAUGUUGAGGCCAUAUGUCAUUUCUUCAACACUAUUGGUAAACAACUUGAUGAGAGCCCAAAAUCUAGACGUAUUAAUGAUGUUUACUUUCUCCGAUUGAAGGACCUCUCAACGAACCCACAGCUUGCCCCACGAAUGAGAUUUAUGGUUCGCGAUAUUAUUGACCUUCGUUCAAAUAACUGGGUUCCCAGGCGAGAAGAGGUUAAAGCGAAGACUAUAACAGAGAUUCAUAACGAAGCAGAGAAGACUAUGAAGUUGCGCCCAGGUUCUACUGCAAGUAUAAGAAAUAGUCGUGGCAUGCCUUCUGCAGCUCAGGGAGGCAUGACUGCUGGCGGAUUUCCUAUCCAUAGGCCUGGUACUGGAGGUAUGAUGCCUGGAAUGCCAGGGGCUAGAAAAAUGCCGGGUAUGCCUGGAAUUGAUAAUGACAACUGGGAGGUUACUAGAUCUCGAACAAUGCCAAGGAAUGAUUCUAGUCAGCCAGUUGGACGGGUUCAACCACCAUUUAUUGGCAAGUCAGCUGUGUCAAACCCAAGACUUCUACCUCAAGGUAGUGGUGGACUUAUUAGUGGUCGGUCUAGUGCCUUGUUGCAAGGCAGUAGUUCAACACAAGUUCGCCCUAACUAUGGUAUUGGUUUUGAAUCCCCACGUCAAGACCCUUCCCCUGUCAGACAGAUUCCAACUGUUUCUAUGCCACCAGUUGCUGCCAAACCCACAACUUCUUCUGUAAGAUUGAACCCGGAAGAGCUUAGGAGAAAAACAAUUUCACUUCUUGAGGAGUACUUUAGUGUUCGUAUACUGGAUGAAGCCUUGCAAUGUGUGGAGGAACUCAAGUCACCUGGUUACCAUGCUGAGUUGGUCAAGGAGGCCAUUUCCCUUGCACUGGAGAAAAUCCCGCCAUGUGUAGAACCUGUUGCCAAGCUCCUAGAGUACUUGUCUGUAAAAAAGGUGCUUACAGCAAUUGACAUACAGGGUGGAUGUCUUCUCUAUGGUUCCAACCUGGAUGAUAUUGGCAUAGAUUUGCCAAAAGCACCAAACAAUUUUGGCGAGAUUAUGGGUAAAUUAAUUUUAGCUGGGCAACUGGACUUCAAGGUGGUCGAGGAGGUUUUAAAGAAGAUGGAGGAUAACAUGUUCCAGAAACAUGUACUUUCUGCUGCACUGGGGACUGUCACUUCAAGUCCUUCGGGGCAAGCGUUUUUAGAUUCACAGGCAGCUUCUAUUGAGGCCUGCAAGAGCCUUUUCUAGAAACUUUUAGCCCCUCCCUUGUACAAGUAUGUAACCUCAUAUUGGAACAUUUUCAUUUCUCUUCACAAUUUCUCACCUUUUACACGAAGCUGGGAAACCACAUUACUUAUCCCAUGAGUUUGAUCUGUGAAGAGCAGGUGUUUUUUUGAUAAUUUUUCAAGGUCGUGCUGGAGUGUGUUAUUUGGGAAAUAUAGGCAGGCGCAUAAUGCCAUGGAUUUUGGUCUCGGGCUGAUCACAUGCCAUAUGAUCGAGAUUGAUGGCUCUGUAUGGAGUUCCAGUCUUGUAUUUGAUUAGCUUGUUAGUUACUCUAUAUGCUUGUGACACUAGCAAUUUAGUUUUUUCAGUCUGAACUAAGUUCAUAAAUGCGACUGAUGUUGCAUGCAAAUUUUAAAGUGCUUGUUAUACUAUUUUGACUGAUGAUAAUGUUGCAUCAAUUUUAAAUGUGAUGUCAUAUGUGAUAGUAGUUUCUUGAAUUA